AUGGAGAAGAUAGCCUUUGGCACGUUCGAUUGCCGACCACGCUUGAGCACAAGCUCGGCGUCAAGGUCCACCGUGAAUGGCCUCUUCCUGGCCGCGUUGGAGGCCGAGUCCUUGGUAGGUUGCCCACGCUUCGGUGUUGGGUCAGCCCCGGCAGUUUUCUUCUACGCAGGCUCGCCGUUCAAUCGCCGUAGCCGCUCGGCAAGAGUCUGCUCCUUAGGAUCAGUGUUCGCCGUGUGCACAGGUGGCACGUCGGAUUGCCGAUUCUUCUUCUUCUCUUGA